GCGCGUGCGCACACGCGUGAGCGGAGCACCUCGCGAGAGAUGUUUGGAACGGAAUUGCCGCCUUGAUGUUCGGAGCACCUGUCAAAAGCAUCGUCAACGUGCCAUUGCUGAUGCUGCUCACGGAAUCGGGAUCAGCCGACGCGAAGGAAAAGAGUCUCCUGGUAGUUCGCGGCUAAUCGUCGUCGGGUCUCGCAUCUCUCUUUCUCUCUCUCUCUCUUUCUCAGCUCAUCGUCGAGUGCAGACAGACACGCAGUGUCAGUCUCGGAACAGUCGGAACGUCGGUUGCGUGAGGAUAAUUGUGUGCAACAUCGGAUUCGCCUGACGGUGCGGGAUUCUAAUUCAUAUUAGCCAUGGCACAAAAUAGUCCAGCUGUGAAAUCCGCAGAACAGUUCAAACUUAUACCAAAAAUUAUAAAUGGCGGCAUUGCCGGAAUUAUUGGCGUGUCCGUAGUCUUUCCACUCGAUUUGGUUAAAACAAGACUACAAAAUCAAGUUGUCGGUCCAAGUGGCGAACCCAUGUAUAAAUCAAUGUUUGAUUGCUUUAAAAAGACAUACAAAGCAGAAGGUUACUUUGGAAUGUAUAAAGGAUCUGCUGUAAAUAUAUUGUUAAUUACACCCGAGAAAGCAAUUAAACUUACUGCCAAUGAUACAUUUAGACAUUAUUUGUCUCUCGGACCCGGACAACAAUUGCCAAUAGAACGUGAAAUGCUCGCCGGUGGCUUGGCGGGAGCAUGCCAAAUAAUUGUUACCACUCCGAUGGAACUUCUUAAAAUACAAAUGCAAGAUGCUGGCAGAGUGGCCAUGGCAGCUAAGGAAGCGGGUAAAGCAGUGCCAAAGGUAUCCGCUUGGUCGUUAACAGUGAAUUUACUUAAGAAACGAGGUAUACUGGGGCUAUACCAAGGAACUGGAGCCACAGCACUCAGAGACGUCACAUUUUCCGUUAUUUACUUCCCUCUGUUCGCUAGACUAAAUGAUCUUGGGCCAAAACGAGAAGAUGGUUUAUCCGUCUUCUGGUGUUCAUUCCUUGCCGGAUGCGCUGCCGGCUCGACAGCCGCAUUAAUGGUAAAUCCAUUCGACGUAAUCAAAACUAGACUACAAGUUAUCAAAAAAGCACCUGGUGAUCCAACGUACAACGGAGUAGUAGACUGUAUAUUGAAGACAUUUAAGAACGAAGGACCGAGGGCGUUCUUCAAAGGCGGCGCUUGCCGAAUGAUAGUCAUAGCGCCGUUGUUCGGAAUUGCACAAACCGUUUAUUAUCUCGGCGUGGCUGAAUGGUUGCUGGGAUUGAAGUGAAAUCGCCAUAUCGCCGAUUACUUGCCGUUCAAAAGCUCUGGGAAACUGACAAUAAUCAUUGUAGAUCGUAGUUGUAUUUUUGCUUGAACUUUUUGCUCUUUGUCGCAAUAAGGAUGUUGCUGUUAAAUGAAUAGGAUCUCAUGUGAUCGCUUAUACAUAUAUGAAAGAAAGUUAAAAUUGGAAUUGUAAUUCUCGCAGGUCGCGAAUUAUAUAACAAAAUCGAUAUAUAAUUGAAUGAAACUAUAUGAUGUAUAACAGAUCAUAUAUAUAUAUAUGAUAUAUGAUCCUAUCUUUUAUGUCCAUAUCCGUGAAGUGCAUUAAAACUAUAAAUCAAAUACAACGGAAUCAAUGUACGUUCGUCUUUAACACAUUGUGUGUUCUUGCAACGUAGAAUUAUAUCGCUGCGUUGAUGGAUGUAUUAAAAACAUCGAAACGUUAAGACACCAUCAUAAAAGGAAUCAUAGAUACUUCGCAGCUGUACCAAUUACGUGUUAUUUAAUAUUUAGGUCGUACAUGCAUUUUUCCAUAUAGUAAUAGCGCUUCUCUUCAUCUCUUCCUCAUGUUUUAUAGAUUCUAUUAAUUAUAUGAGAGAUCCUGUCCACGAAUUAAAUGUCGUUAAAAGACAUAUGUACGUAUGUCAGGAUCUUUAUUGUUACAUCUACCAGACUAGCCAAUUAUAGUCAAUUAUACAAAUACAUUAAAGACAUUAAGAAGAUUCAACGUGAUAUUUUUUAAAUAGUUUUUGUUAUAAUAGAUAAUGCAUAAUAGAAUAUUUUGGCAUAAUAGAAUAUUUUGUUAAAGCUCCACAUUCGUUAUCUAAUUUUCUUAAUUUUUACCUUGUGUCAACACUAAGCAAUCUUUACGGCCAUAUGUAAUAUAAGUAAAAAUAUUACAGAAUCUUUAAAACAAAUGCUGUGUGCUUCUUUUUAAUAAUUUCUGUUCCUCCUUUAUUUUUUUUUCCACUUUUUGAUACUUAUCGUUCAUUAAUUCCGGCAGCAAUUUCUUCGGCUUCAAGAACGUCGAUCUAAAAAAAGCUGUUUAAUACAAAUGCAGAUGCGUUAAGAUGAAACAUAUAAAAUAUACAUAUCUGUUUUUUGAUAAUAUAAUUUUUUAAAAACAAUUCGGUUCUUUUUAAUUUUAAGAAAGAGAAGGAUUAAAAAGUAAUAGCGAAAGUUUAUGUGUGCAUUUGAAAUUGAGAAUAAUACGCGGAGUGUGAGGUAAAGAUAUAAAUUAAAAUAAAUUGUGUUAAGCUUCAAACAUUUAUUAAACAUGUAGGAAUUAUCAUACAUGUUUUGUUUCGUACACUCAUUUCGUUCAGUCCUUUAUUUAAAAAAAGCAAAAUUUAUGUUGUCUAUUUCUGCUAGAGUUCUGUUUCUUCUCGCAAAUUGUCUUGGAUCAUCACAUUGGUUGUUAUACAAUAAAUCCUAUAACCUUGCGUGCUACGAUAGCACGAAAGAGACGAAUUACAUACAAUACGUUUAUUAAAUUUAAUGAAUGAUAAAUUGCGUCAAUAGUAAAUUAAACUUAUAAUUACUUAAUGCUACUCUUUUUCGUUUAACAGCAUGUGUAUAUGUGUGUAACGUUCUUUGUCGCACUUCGUUAACAACAAUAUAAUUUGUUUACGCCUUAA